AUGUGCCUUGGUCUCAUAAGAAAUCUGUUCUCUGGCUACGACACUUGGGAGGACCGUACCUAUCAGUUGGCGGUAGAUUGGAACCGGCUCAAAUAUAACUAUCUGCCCCGUUCCUAUUACAAAAAAGCUUGCGACUUCGCUUGGUUCUAUUACAACAAUCGCGAGAAGCGCAACGCAAUACUUCAAAGAAUCCGCCAGCUGAAACAGAACAGCGAUGUUUACCAGUACAAUUUAUUCCAGAACCAAACCCCAAUCGGAAAUAAGUCCCGUUCUCCAAACCAGAUGAGCCUAGACACGGUUUCGAAAGAUACCUCUUAUACUGAAGAAGACCGAAGACAUGAACUCCAAGAACUGGAUGUUGAACUCCGCCGAAUCCAACUCGAGUUAUUCAACAAAUGGCAUGACGCCCCUGAUAAUGCUGCGUCAAGGAUCUGCAAGCUAGGGUAUGAGCAUACAGAUGAGGAGGGCCGUUCUGAUGUAUGGUAUAACGAGCGUGAGGCGUGCAGUGUGAGCGGAGGGUGUUGUGGACGUACGUGCGGGUGCUGUGAGAAACCUCUGCACGAGUACUACGUGGAUACUGGACGAAUCUUUGUAGUCGAUGGCGAGCCUGACAGUACUGAGGGGAAAGAACUUGUCCGACUAUAUGGCCACUGCACCGCCGAGUGUGCCUGCUGCGUGAUAACGCAUGGCGUGUACAAGCCGCGUCAGGACCUUCCAAAACCGAAAUUUGCUCGGUAG